CACCGAUAUCAGCUUGCUUGAAUAUAAUGCGCAUAAAAUUUCUAUAGGUAGGGGAAAAAAGUGUACGGAAGAUGUAAUUGGGGUCGCAAAAACCCUAGGGUGUUGGGUGGAAGACGAAAGAGGAAGAAGAAGAGGGAUACGGAGAGAAACGGCCGAUUCAUCUGGGGGGGAAGAGAUGAAGGUGGUUGCGUUGGUGAGCGGCGGCAAGGACAGCUGCUACGCGAUGAUGCGAUGCAUCGAUCACGGCCACGAGAUCGUUGCGUUGGCCAACUUGCUUCCGUUUGAUGAUUCUGUGGACGAGCUCGACAGCUACAUGUAUCAAACCGUUGGGCACCAAAUUGUAAUUAGCUAUGCAGAAUGUAUGGGACUGCCAUUGUUUCGGAGGCGGAUACGAGGAUCCUCAAGGCAUCAACAUCUUAGUUAUGCGGUGACUGAAGGAGACGAAGUAGAAGAUAUGUUUAUUCUGUUAAAUGAAGUUAAACAACGAAUUCCCUCUAUCACAGCAGUCUCUUCGGGUGCCAUUGCAUCUGAUUAUCAGAGGCUACGGGUGGAGAGUGUUUGUUCGAGGUUAGGCCUUGUUUCUCUGGCUUAUUUAUGGAAACAAGAUCAAACUUUCCUCCUUGAAGAAAUGAUAAGGAGGGGAAUAUUGGCUAUCACUAUUAAGGUUGCAGCUAUGGGUUUGAACCCUGCAAAGCAUUUGGGCCAAGAACUUGCAGAUCUGCAAUCACAUCUGCUUCAAAUGAAAGAGCUUUAUGGAAUAAACGUCUGUGGUGAAGGAGGAGAAUAUGAAACGCUAACUCUUGACUGCCCUCUGUUUAGAAACGCCAGGAUUAUGCUCGACAAGUUUCAAGUCAUACUGCAUUCAGCCGAUUCCAUUGCACCAGUUGGCAUCCUUCAUCCCUUGGUGUUCCAUCUUCACCACAAAAAAGUGGAUUCGUCUAUCAGCAGUUGUAGCAAUAGUUGUUCAGAGAAAAUGAGUUAUAUAUGUGAAGUGCAAGGAGAUUCUGUGCCGAAUUAUAUGGUCAAGUGUCAAUCCAUGGAUUUGGCAUCUGACAUGUGUACUACUAAGAAGGUGAACUUGUGUAUCUCAGCAACCAGAAGGGACAUGUUUUCCAUUGGUUGUUGGAUUCAAAAUCCUUCUACAACCCCAGAAGAAUUUGAACUCGCAGACCUGAAGGAAGAUCUGAUAGCGAUUCUGAAGAGAAUUGAAUCAAAACUCAGUGAACAUGGUUUUGAUUGGGUGAAUGUUCUGUACAUUCACCUCUAUAUUUCCAAUAUGAAGGAAUUUGCACUCGCCAAUGAAGUGUAUGUGAGGUUUAUUACAGAAAAGAAGUGCUACUUGGGUGUUCCAUCGCGCAGUACCAUUGAACUGCCUCUGCUCCAGGUUGGCCUAGGUAAUGCUUAUAUUGAAGUGUUAGUAGCAAAGGACCAGAGCAAAAGAGUUCUGCAUGUACAAAGCAUUUCAUGCUGGGCGCCUAGUUGCAUUGGGCCAUAUAGCCAGGCAACCUUGCAUAAAGAAGUUCUCUACUUGGCUGGGCAGUUGGGGCUGGACCCCCCCACAAUGAUGCUAUGCUCUGGAGGUCCAGCUGCUGAACUAGAACAGGCAUUACUAAACAGCGAGGCAGUGGCCAACUGCUUCAAUAGCUCCAUUGCUUCUGCAAUUCUUUUUGUCAUUUACUGUUCUGCAUCUCUCACGUCAAGUCAGAGGACUGAAGUUCAGCACAAAAUGGAAUUUUUCAUUGGACAAAGGGUCUCUGGUUUGCAGCACAAGAGAAGAGUUUCUGAUCCUAUUUUCCUAUAUAUUCUUGCAACUGACCUUCCCAAAGGAGCACUCGUGGAGGUAAAACCUGUCCUUCACAUACCAGGGAAUGGGUAUGAAAUUGAAACUGGCAUUGCACAACCACCUAGACAAGAAAUAGCAAACAAAUGGAGAUUUGAGUACUCAGAAUGGCAUGAUUCUUGUUGCCAGAUUCAUACCAUCAGUGGAAAGAUUUGCUCGGCGGUAGUGUCUGUUACUAAUGAUGUGGCAGCCAAGGUCUGCUCCAAAAGUGAUGAGAAACUUGGAAACUUUUGGCACCACAACACUGAAAAGCACGUGAAAGAAAUUGCAAUGUUUUCUGUUUUCCUUCUUGAUAAGAUCCUUUUGGAGAAUGAAUUCCUUUGGGGAGACCUGACGAACUUGAGGUUCUAUUACGCAACAAAUAUUCCCAUUGCUACUGAAGUUUUGGCUGACAUAUUUUCUGGGGUUUUCACUGAAUUUGCGGAGGUCAAUAAAUGCAUUGAUAUCAGUAAGGAGCCAAUUUUUAACCUUGUUCCAGUUAUAGGCUCUGGCAGAUCAGCAUGUACGGACAACAUAAUUUCUUGUGAGCUAUUCGCAUUGAAGCAGUGAGUUUUUUUUUUCUUACUGUGAGAAACAGGAGAUUUGCGAAUCAGAGGAAUGCCACAACUAAUUAUUUGAUCACGGCAUUCCUUGCUUUAACAUUAUUAUGAUUAGAUUUUUCUGAGGACUCUGGAACCAUUCUUUUCCGUGAUUGCUCGAGGAUUGCUAUGACAUACUCUCAGAAUCUGGAGGCAUCCUUGUUGAUUACACUCGAACAUCAAUUUCUGUGGUACCAUAAAGCAAACAGAAAGAACCCCAUUCCAAGCUCGAUAGUUUCAGAGUGUUGAUACAUCUGUUGGAAUCUCCAAAGGCCCCUGUUGCUGCAUGGAUUAAAUGGGCAUAUGGAAACGCUUUCAUCAUCUUUCAGUUUAUCCUUACGAAAAUGAGGUUCAAGGGGAUUUUUAAAAGCAAAAGUUGGACAUUUGACAGUGUUAUAACUUCCAUCAAAGAUGUCUAUUACAUGUAUAACUUGGUAUCGUGAAUUUAGCUAGAUAAUUGUUUCA